UGUGGUGGGGCGCUGGUAGAGUCGCUGUGGGAUGCUGGUACUGCUCUGAGAUGUUUUCUUCCAGUGGGCUUUUGGAGUAGGAUGUCGGAGAACCAAGAGCAGGAGGAAGUGAUCACUGUUCGUGUUCAAGAUCCCCGCAUACAGAAUGAGGGCUCCUGGAAUUCUUAUGUGGAUUACAAGAUAUUCCUCCAUACAAACAGCAAGGCAUUUACUGCCAAGACUUCCUGUGUGCGGCGUCGAUAUCGAGAGUUUGUGUGGCUGAGGAAGCAGCUUCAGAGAAACGCUGGUUUGGUGCCUGUACCUGACCUUCCUGGGAAGUCCACCUUCUUUGGCAGCUCGGAUGAGUUCAUUGAGAAGCGACAAGGUCUGCAGCACUUCUUGGAGAAGGUCCUGCAGAAUGUAGUACUUCUGUCAGACAGCCGGUUGCACCUCUUCCUGCAAAGCCAGCUCUCCGUGCCUGAGAUAGAAGCCUGUGUUCAGGGCCGAAGCUCCAUGAACGUGUCUGAUGCUAUUCUUCGCUAUGCUAUGUCCAACUGUGGCUGGGCCCAGGAAGAGAGGCAGAGUGCCUCUCACCUGGCCGAAGGAGACCAGCCUAACAAUUGCUGCUUUCUUCCAAGAUCAGGGAGGAGGAGCUCGCCCUCACCACCUCCCAGUGAAAAGAAGGACUAUUUAGAAGUGUGGGCACCUGUGGUUGAGUCUGAGGUUCCAUCUUUGGAAAGUCCCACACUGCCACCCCUCUCCUCACCGUCAUGCUGUGAUUUCACAAGAUCUGACAAGGGACCCUCCACUCCCCAACCUUCGAAGACCACGGUGGGGGACCAUGCUGUGCUUUUGGACCCUGAUGCACUAGACACAGUUUGGGAAAAGUGAGCUCUGCCCCAAGUUCUGGGUUCUACUUUGAGGUGGCCAGGUGAAGAUGCAGGCCAGGCGGGACUGGGCACAGGGCAGGUAGAGGGGAAGUUGGUCUGCUUAGCUUCUUGCAGUCACCUCUUGCUGAGAUCAGGUACACAGAGGUAGGCUGUGAUUGCUGCUCAUGCCUCCUCUAUAGGAAUAGAUGCUGAGCAGGCAUUUGUAAGAGACAAGGAGGGCCCACAUGCUACUGAUUCUGAAUCUGACUCUUUAUUUUCCCUCUCCUGGGAGCUGAAUUUCUUCAGGUGUGUUUAUAAGCUCAGGAGCACUACCAACUCAGGUAAU